AUGACAUCCCAAGUGGUCUCAGCUAUUUCAACUGACACAUUAGGCAUACAAGGGGUUCUUAGUGAGAAGAUUCCAAACUUCAUUACAAAUCUAGCAAUCUUCAUCACAACUCAAAUGACAGCUUUGUACCUGUGUUGGAGACUGGCUGUCAUUGCCAUCUUUGCAUUGUUGAUGGUCAUUAUUCCAGGCCUAGUAUACGGGAAGCUUUUAGCAGUGGUAGGAAAAAAGAUACAAGAAGCCUAUGCAGUCAUUGGUGGGAUAGCAGAGCAGGCAUUAUCUUCAAUCAGGACUGUUUAUUCCUAUGUUGGGGGAGGAGCGGACUGUGAAGAACUUUUCAGCUGCAUUAAGACCAACUCUAAAGCAUGGAACAAAGCAAAGACUGUUGAAGAGAAUGGCUAUUGGUAG